CUGCAACUAGUUAGUUGGGUAACUCAUGGUACUAAUUACUUUGUGUUGAUGGAAGGACAUUUACUCAAAGGAAAAACAUAAUUAUCGUCGGGUAAAGUGAUUUCUUCUCAUCUGUUUAAGCUUUGGUAAGACGAGUUACCCAGUGUUUGUGUUAUUGGAAAGAAUCUGGUACCUUGAUGAAGUAGUCGAGAGAAAUUGGGAGUGAAAGGUGUGUGUGAUUUGGAGAGGAUGGUAUUGCAGCCUUGCAUGCAUCCCUUUACUGUCUUUUGGAAUAUUGCACUACUCAUAUCUGCAGAAACAAGUACCAUACUUUGCACAUGAAUGUCUCAAAUGAUCUGUUAACCUUUUGGAAGUACACCAAACAUGUGAAACUGCCCAGAAUUUCUAUGGUACGUCUUUCGCUAGAAAAGGAGCAAGAACAUCAAUAAUCAUUGGAUAAAGAUGAAUCUCUGUACCUUCUAUCCUUUUGUACUAUCAGCUCUUCCUCAGUAAGUGUAUGUUAAGACUACUAUAAAUGAAGAAAACAUUCACCAAACAGUUAAGUGUUUGAAACUUCAUUUGCUUGUUGUUCUCAUCUUAUAAAGGUGGUUCAUCUCAAGGUAAAUUUCUUUUCUUUUCAAUAUGAUAUAAGAGCAUAUUGUUGUCGUCAUAGCUAAUACGAGAAGUAAGUGAAUAUAUUAAGCUUGUUUUGUUCUCACAAUCUUCUUUCGAGUAUUUCCAUUUGAUUAUCUGAUGAAGCAUGAUUAUACUUCUACAUGGUCUAAUUCGUCAUAUAGUUUGUUCAUUUCUUUUAUGCUUUCAUAAGAUGAUAUAGCUGUAUUCUGUACAAUUUAGGAAGCAGUCAAUGGUGUCUAAGGAGUUAUUCCCAUAUUUGCCAAACUUUAAUCAGAUGAACAGACCUCGUCCGGGGGUCAAGGGAAAGAAGAUACGUCUGCUGACAAAUUAUUUUAGAGUAUGCUUUCAAGGUGGCAUAAGCCAACUAUAUUCAUACAAUGUUAAUAUCCUAUAUGAAAAUGGGGACCCUGUAACUGGAAGCAACUUAAUUAGAAAAGUGAUUCAUAAACUCUGGGAGAUAUACAGCUCUGAGUUAGGAGAGCAAGUAUUUGCUUCUGAUGGGCAACAGAGCUUGUUCACAACUAGUCUUUUACCACAGCAGAAGCUAGAUUUCACAGUUGUACUUGAUGCUGCAACAUCAAAAAGGUGGAAGACGGAUGGCAACCUUAGUGGCGAUGGAGAAUUAAGUGAGGGUGAUCAAAAGAGGCAGAAGAUUAUAUCCCGAUUCAAAACUUUCAGAAUACAGAUAAACUUUGUUUCCAUCAUCCCCUUUAAGACAAUGCCUGAUGGAAAGCAUGGAGUAAAAUCAAGAAACAAUGAAGUUCUGAUAGCAUUAGACACCAUUUUGCAACACUCUAAUGCAAAAAGGAACAGCCUUCUGCUCCGCCAAUCGUACUUCCCCAACGAGAUGAAGAACUUCAUGGACUUGACUGGUGGUAUCCUUGGAUGCCGAGGUUUUCAUUCGAGUUUCCAAUCUGUUCAAGGUGGAUUGUAUUUCAACCUUGAUACAUCUACUACAACACUUAUACAGCCAGGUCCACUAGUUAACUUUUUAAUGGCCAACCAAAAUGUGGAAAUUCCCUUCAAAAUCGACUGGACUAAGGCAAAAAUCUUGAAAAAUCUCAGAAUUAAGCUAUUACACUCCAAUAGAGAACACAAAAUCACUGGACUUAGCAACAGGACAUGUAAAGAGGAGAAGUUUCUUCUGCGGUUGAGGGGAUCCAAUAAUCAAAAUGACAAUGGCCAGACUGUUGAGAUAACUGUUUAUGAAUAUUUUGUUAGGAGAUGUGGAAUAGAACUCGGUUAUUCAUCAAACUUGCCAUGCAUCAAUGUGGGGAGCCAGCACAAACCCCAGUUCAUUCCUGUUGAGCUCUGUUCGUUGGUUCCCUUACAACGAUUCAAAAAGGAAUUAUCCUUACAUCAAAGAUCCUUAUUAGUGAACAACUCGAGCCAAAAGCCGAUAGAGCUCAUGAAGCAUUUAAAUGAGGAACUUAAAGCCAACGACUAUAACACAGACCCUAUGCUGCGCGCUUGUGGAAUCUCAAUUAAUAAAUCUUAUACUGAAGUAGAGGGAAGAGUUCUAUUUCCUCCACAGUUGAGAGUGGGAAACAAGGAAUAUCUUGCUUCAAGAUUUUCGCGCUGGAGCUUUAACGGCAAGAAGUUUGCAGAUCCAAAAAGCAUUGAAUUUUGGGCUGUGGUGAACUUCUCUACUGGUCAUGACAUACGUGCUUUCUGCAUUGAAAUGGCGAAAUUGGGUGCAAUGAGAGGAAUGCACAUUCAUCCACCAUCAUUUGUUUUCGAAGAGAAUGCUAAGCAUAAAAAGAAACCGGGAUCUGUUCGAGUGAACAAGAUGUUUGAACAAAUAAUUCCAAAAUUUCGCAAGGAUCCUCCUCGAUUCCUUCUUUGCUUUCUUCCUGCAAAGUUUUCUAAUUUAUAUGGUCCAUGGAAGAAAAAGUGUCUUAUGACCUUCGGAAUUCGUAACCAGUGCAUUGCAAAGAACAAAGUUGAUGAAACUUAUCUUGCUAAUGUUAUGUUAAAAAUUAAUGCAAAACUUGGUGGUCUGAAUUCUAUGUUAUCAGCAGAAGUUUCACAGACUAUCCCCUUAGUUUCUAAAGUUCCCACAAUGAUCUUAGCAAUGGGUCUUACGCAUGCCCCUUCUUCACGGUCAGAUUUACCCUCCGUUGCUGCAGUGGUCGGUUCUAGACAGUGGCCGAUGAUUUCUUACUAUAGAGCAUCUACUUGUAUCCAACCACCAAAGACCGAAACUAUACAUUCUCUCUUUAGACCAGUUUCAGAUAGGGAGGACACAGGCAUGAUCAGGGAGCUCCUAAUGGAUUUUCAUGCAAGUUCAGGGAAUAGGAAGCCUGAACAGAUUAUUAUAUUCAGACAAGGUUUAGGUGAAUCUCAAUUCAAUCAUAUCUUUAGCGAAAUGGAGGAAAUUAUUAAGGCCUGUAAGUUCCUGGAUGAGACUUGGUCUCCUAAGUUCACUCUUAUUGUUGCACAAAGAAGACAUCACACAAAGUUGUUCCAACCUAAUUCCAGUGACAAUAUUCCUCCUGGAACAGUCGUUGAUACUAAAAUUUGUCAUCCGCUGUAUAAUAACAACUUCUACAUAUGUGCACAUGCGGCAAGAGUUGGGACUAGCAGGCCAAUUCACUACUUUGUGCUGUUGGAUGAAAUAGGUUUCUCAUCUGAUACUGUGCAGGAACUAGUCCAUUGUUUAUGUUACGUGUCUCAGAGAUGCACCAGUGCUAUAUCUGAAGUGGCUCCAAUUCGUUAUGCUCGUUUGGUUUCAGCUCAGAUGUUAGAAAUUAUGAAGACUGAGGGGCCUGAACUGCCAAUGUUGCACAAAAAUGUGCGCGAUACAAUGUUUUUCUGCUGAUCAUCUGCUAAAAAGUGCAGUUUUCUUUGUGUUAAAAAUGUACUGUUAACCAUUAGGCAAGUCUAAAAGGCAUUGGUUACAUUUACUUUCAGAUUUUGUGAACAAAUUAAACCUCAGGAUGUUACAUCAGUACACAAGGAGGAUCACUAUCUAUUUACUGCAAGUCUUCUUUGAAGAAAACUUCAUGUUGUUAUGUAAGUAUAGUUAAUAUUCUUAAAUUUCGUGCUCAGUCGGAGAAACAAAUAAGAAAAAAAAAGAAAACUAACUAUGAUAAAUUGAUGCAAAUAUAUAUGAAUAACAUAUAUAGUGCAAUCAUUAAUUUGAUGUAAAGAUCGAACAUAAAUAAUUUAUCUUAUGUCCAGGACUCUUCAACGUGUUUGAA